UGUGGAGGUCAAUGGGUUUUUAUAAAUAAAGAGUAAUUGAUGAUUGAUCAGUCCUGGAAAUAAACGAAUUGGAAAGUAGAGCACAGGAUUUUUGCAGAAUAUGAAGAAGUUUAAAAUAAAAAUGCAUGAGCAUAAUGACACUCAAUUCAGAGUAAUGGAGUAAAUGACUGGAAAACACCUUCUGCUUUGAGGUGCAUCCCACAGUGAUGCUGCAGCUCAUCCCAGAGACAUGACAUCAUCGUGUGUGUGUCUGUGUGUGCUCGACUGUUGUUGCUAAGGGCGUGGGCAUUGUGUCUGUCUGAGUGUGUCUGAGUGUGUGUGUGCUGUUAUCUUCCUCCAUGGAUCCUCCUGCUUCAGCACCGGAUCCGCUCAUCACCACCUCCCGCAUGGAGACGACAAAUCACGGAUGAGGAACCAUCACCUCCCUUUUGCAGCCCGACACUUGAACGCGCCACACGGACAAAGACAGAUCCGAUCAGAUGCAUCUCGAUGAAUAAGUCAGACUUUUUUUUAACUUAGCCUCCACCACGGGCGUUCACCCUGCGCUCCCCGGGCUUCAUAUGGCUUUUUCCCCGCGGAUCAGCUUCAGGUGAAGAGCUGUGAUCCUCAUCUGCUCCAGUCAGACAUGGCAGCGCGCACAUCGGAGCCGCUGUGUCAGCCCUGUGUUUACCACGAAGCUUUCAAAGUGGAGCUACAGGUGAGGAGACCCCUGAUGCCCGUGCAGCUGGGUCCGGAGCAGGUGGGCCUGGAGAUGCUGUGUCUCUGUGGGCAGCUGGACCUCCUCAUCAGGGCACAGAUGCAGCAGUUCCAGGAGCAGUUGGGACAAGGCUGCAGUCCAGAGGAAUCAGACACUUUCCAGGCUCAAGGAUCUGAGAUUCUUGACCAGAUGCUGCAGUGCCUUGAACAUCUACCAAAGCCUAUGCCACAGCUGGAGGACUACCUGGACAUGGUGGGUCUGUCAGCCAUGUUUCCUCGUGUAGAGGUGUUCCUCAUUCAAGGCAGCCCCGUGGAAAUGUUGGAGAGGCCGCCGAUGGACGAUUACUUCUACCACAUCGCCAAACUGAACCAGCUCUUGGUGCUGAGUCAGCAGCUGGAAGAAGAUAUCCGACACCUCGGAAGUCAUAAAUACAUCGCCCACCAGCUCUCGGUCAUAUAUCAAGUCAUCAGCUCUUUCAGGGGAAUUCAGGUCUUCUCUGAAAUAAAGAAAGAUAUUGAGGCUAACUUCAAACAGAUGAAACAGUCUCUGGUGAAUGACGAAGGCUCCAGGCACGAGCCUCAGCUGGCUGCUCACUACAUCAACUGGAUAUUAGAAAUAACUCAGAGCUUAACGUCUGUGGUGCUGUCGCUCCCGGAGGAGUUGACGGACGACCUCCACCAGGCCGUGAGCUUCGUGUCCCAGCUCCUGUCCUGACUCACCGCGGGCCCCUGAAUCUACGAGCCCUGACGUUCUGAUGCAGCGUCUCUCCAGGAAUACCCUGGCUCUGAAUGAACUGAUGAUGUUUCGACUGUGAAGAGGUGCUACAUGAGUGUGUUCAGCUAAAUGAUGGCAGGAUUGGAAAGCCGACUUCAUUUAUAAAUCGUCUAGGUUUUUAUAUUUCCUGCCUGAAUGUGACUCGUGUAUUAACAUGUGGAGAGUCAGCUGUUUGGAAAUGAAUGUAAGCUUGAGGAAUCCCUCCUUGCACUACUGUUAAUAAAAACUACUGUUGUCAUUUUUUAACAUAAAGUGAAAUAAAACGUAUUAAAUGCAA